CCGCUUUGAUUUUUGCACGAUCGGUAUUUGAAAACGUAGAACGCAAAGUUCCAUUGACUGUUACGUCUAUUCUCUAUGCCUCGUCCGUGAUAUUGAAUCCGUUUUAUGCUUGUUCGAUUUAUAGGGAAAUAUAAGAAUAUAUAUUGAUUGUUAACUUUAUUUUAUAUCAUACAUACGUAUCGUACACGCGUCUGUCAUCCGUUAUUAUUUAAUGUGAGUGAAUAAAAUAAUUUUUAUCAGUAUUAAGCGCAACGAUCGAUGUAGAUAGCACCACUUGUGAUAUGUGUUUAAAAAGGACGCCAUUAAUUUCACCGUAACGAUAUUUAUACUUGCGUACUUAUCGCGUUUUAUUAAAAAUUGAAAUUAUUUUACUUUAAAAUUAUGGAUUUAUUACCAGAACAUAAUUCAACAUUUUGGAAAAUUGGUAGAUUAAAAACGUUUGAAGAUUGGCCGUUUCAAUCUUCUGAUAAUUCGUGUAAUCCCGAGCGGAUGGCUGCUGCUGGUUUUUAUGUAGUGGGUGGUAAGAAAGAACCCGAUUUGGUUGAAUGUUUUAUUUGUUCCAAACAACUUGAUAGUUGGGAUCCGGAUGAUGAUCCCUGGAAUGAACAUAUGAAACAUGAAUCGCAAUGUUCGUUCAUUAGAUUGGGAAAAUCGGAUGAGGCUACUUGGACUGUGAAUGAAUUAUUCGAUUUGUUCAAAAGAUAUAUGGUUAAGGAAUGCAUACAUGAAUUGGACAAAGCUGUAACUAUGGCGAAAGAAGAAAGCACACGAUUGGUACGUGAAAUACCUCAUAUUUAUAAGAAAAUAAAGAAAGGAAAAAAAGUAAAAAAUUAAAACUCUAAAAAUAAAAAUUAAAAUAGCGUUAUUUAUCCGAUGAUUAAUGAUGUGAUCUUUUCUUUUCUUUAAUAAAAUUUUAUAUUUUAAAAUAAA